GUCAUACCUGUGUUUGGAUUACCUCACUUGUUUGUUUCAACUCUGAUCCAUUUCCUUGUCAAUAAACCCUGAGAUUGAUUCCAUCCCUCUGCCUAUGUGAGUUAGCAUUCUGACAGAAGAUCAGACCACCUAAAUGGACUCGGUGGGUAUUCCACCAACACAGACGAGCACAGUCACCAAGGCCAUGGAGCUGAAGUAUUCCGACCUCGAAUAUUCAACUAAGUUUUAUGAACUCACUGCUACAACCCCCAAUCGGACUCAUACCUCAGAAAAAUUUAUGGAAUGGGACUAAACUUUCACAGACCUACAACUCUUCCGGAGGAGGGGAAUCUUUCCUUUGCGAAUUAUAUCUAAGCCACGCUGGCCGUAGGUCGUUCCCCAGUUGCUGCCAGUGCUCACGACCAUGGAGGUCGUUCCACAGUCUCUGCCUGUGCUCUCGACAAUGGAGGUCAGUUCUCAGAAACUAACGACCAUGGAGGUCAUUCCCCAGUCCCUGCCAGUGCCCACGACCAUGGAGGUCAUUCCCCAGUCGCUGCCAGUGCCCACGACCAUGGAGGUCAUUCCCCAGUCGCUGCCAGUGCCCACGACCAUGGAGGUCAUUCCCCAGUCGCUGCCAGUGCUCACAACCACGGAGGACAUUCCCCAGUCGCUGUCAGUGCUCAUGACCACGGAGGUCAUUCCCCAGUCGCUGCCAGUGCUCACAACCAUGGAGGUCAUUGCCCAGUCUCUGCCUGUGCUCUCGACAAUGGAGGUCAGUUCUCAGUCACUAACUCCUUGCUCCAAGCCUCACAUGGAUCCUUGCUUCAAGCUGCACAUGGCUCCAUCCCUCAAGCCGCCCAUGGCUCCGCCUUAUACGGCUCCACCCCUCAGGCAUCUCCUGGAUCCACCUUCCUUGGCUUCACCUGUUGAGCCUCUCCCGGUUCCGCCUGCUUCAUCGAACCUCCCUCGGCUCCACCAGCCUCCGCCCGCUCCAUCUCCGGACACAUCUCCAGCUUUGCCAUUGGGAUCUCAAGUCCCUACCCCUACUGUUACGCCUUUGGAACCGCUAAGGCUUCGCCCCCUAAGUUUCCACCUCCUGCGGCCAAACUGCCGGACCCGGUUCCCUUCCUAGAGCUGCCUCUCAGGCCUCCUGACCCUGCUCUGUGGCCACCUCCUGGCCCUGUUCCUGCUCUGUAGCCACCUCCCAGGCCUCCGGACCCUGUCCCUGCUCUGUGGCCACUUCCCAGGCCUCCUUACCCUGUCCCUGCUCUGUGGCCGCCUCCCAGACAUCCUGACCCUGUCCCUGCUCUGUGGCGGUCUCCCAGGCUUCUUGACCUUGUCCCUGCUCUGUGGCCGUCUCCCAGGCCUCCUGUCCAUGCUCUGUGGCCGUCUCCCAGGCCUCCUGUCCCUGCUCUGUGGCCGUCUCCCAGGCCUCCUGUCCCUGCUCAGUGACCGUCUUCCCAAGCCUCCUGACACUGUCCCUGCUCUGUGGCCGCCUCCCAGGCCUCCUGAUCCUGUCCCUGCUCUGUGGCCAUCUCCCAGGCCUCCUGAUCCUGUCCCUGCUGUAUGGACAUCUCCCAAGCCUCCUGAACCAGUUCUUGCCCAAUGGUCACCUCCAUGGUCUCCAGAUCAUCCACAGACUCCUCCCUGGCAACCGGAUUGUCCUCAUGGACCUCCCCUUUCAUCGGUGUCCUUCUGCCCUCCAUAUUUGGGCACCAGGAGUCGCCCUUUAGAGGGGCGGGGG